UGUUCUGCACACACAUAUUUAAUAUUAUAUAUACACUUACAUCAAAAACACAAAAUUAACUCGAUUUCAAAAAUGACGCCGGAGACGAAGGUCAUCGUGUUGGUGUGUUUCAUCUUGAAGACGUGGCUCACGUCGUGUCAGGAAACAACGCCAGACGAUGUCACACUUCCUGUUACAGUUCUAUCGACAACGUUACCACCUGCAACAACGACAAAUCCACCGCCCACAACCUCGACAACAACACCAUCAACAACGACGACGGCACAACCACCAGCCACGUCAACAACAAUGCCGCCCACAACAACGACACAGCCACCACCCACAACAACGACACAGCCACCACCAACAUCAACACCAAUGCCAUCCACAACAACGACACGACCACCACCAACAUCAACACCAAUGCCAUCCAGAACAACGACACAACCACCAACCACAUCAACAACGAUGCCGUUCACAACAACAAAACAGCCACAACCCACAUCAACAACAACAAAGCAAUCUACCACGACGACACAAACUUCUACAACAACCAACCAACCCAAAACAACUACAACAAAAGCACCCGUUACAGAGGUUAAUUGUGUUUAUAAAGGUAACCUGUCUAGUACCGAUAAUCAGACUUCCUCAGAAUCUGUCUGUGUUUGCCCUGACGAGUUCAUCUCAAUAGCAAACCAAACGUGUGCAAAAGAGACCGAUUUGAAGCCGAUGGAUAUAAAAUUUUACCAGACUGAGUUUCUCAUCAACGUGUCAUGGACAUACAAGGUAUUAUUCUCGCGGAACAUCUCCUCCCAGGUAACUACGGAUACGGGAAGAAAUUCGUCCCCGUUGCAGACUGUCCCUGACACACCAUGCUUUACAUUCAUCAGUACCAGGCAAAAAGGUUAUGAUAACAAUUACUCCAAUUGUGAAUCGCAAUUUGAUAGAAUCAUCUGCUGUGUAUAAAACUACAUCAUUUAAACCAGCCAAGCCCGGUCAACUAGUGCCUCCUACUGGAGGAUAUAUUGCACCAAACACAACACUGCAAUGGAAUCAGUCCAUCGGGUCUGUUGACAAAUACCGGAUCCGUUUGACACCACUUUGUCCAAGAGGAGAAGAUUCUAUGGAAUACACGUCCAACAUAACCGACGUGUUUGUAACCAAUUUGCAGCAUGGACGCAAAUACCGCUUGGAAAUAACAGCAAUGAGUGGCGACGUUUAUAGCGAUUCCAGAACCAUUGAGAAUUUCACCACAAUCGACAUAGUACCGGAUCCCCCUCAAAACGUGACUUUAAUACCGCCAAUCAACACCACAAGUGUUGGCAUCGCCAUUGACCCCGACACGGCUGUGGAAUGUACGACCUUGAAUUAUACAUUCAAUGCGUCGGUCAGAGUGUAUAGUGAUCAGAAUUACGAAGCAUUUGCGUUAGAAAGCACUUUUGCAAACCAGUCAACUUACAUCCUCAAUAGACUCUAUCCAGGCGCAAUGUACAUUGUGUGGAUAUUUUCCAAAAAUCGCAAUUUUGCCAGUAAAAACCCCUUCAAACUACCAUUCAAGACAGCAGAAACUGAUCCCGGAGCGGUCCAAAACGUCAAUAUCAGUACCAAAAACACAUCUAUCUCUGUAAGUUUUGACCGCCCGAAUCGACCAAAUGGUGAAAUAACCAGCUACGUCCUCGGAGUAUCACCCACGCCAUGUCCAGUACUGAAAAUGAACCGCGCUGCCGAUAUUGAUUGCGAAAGCGUGCAAUCCUCCUUAUUUCAGGGGCAUACUGGAAAGAAGGGAAAUUGUUUGUGUAUCAUAAAAACAUACACUACUCCUCUGCAGUUUGACAUUGCGAAUUUAUUGCCAUAUACGAGCUACAUGUUGAUAAUACAGGCUAAUAACUCCGCUGGCCUUGGUGAUCCUGUAUCUACAAACGCAACAACAGCCAUAGGAGCACCUCAUAUUCCUGGAAACGUACACGUAGCCAAAAACAGCAUCAAGUCAGAAGAAGUGACCGUUCAGUGGACAUACGGGUAUUACACUGGGCCCACAACGUUUAGUCUUGAGAUAACGGACAAAAUAUGGUCAAAGAAGACUACACAGAACUGUAUAUCAAAACUGUCGCCGACAAAUCGCAGUUGUACAGCUGUUGACUUAAGGCCAUAUUGGAAAUACAGCUUUGUUGUUAUUGCCAAAACAAACAUAUCUGCUGCAAGGUCCAUCUCUUCUGAGACAAUCACUACUUUGGAUGCUCGACCUGGUCGUGUACAGAAUCUGACCAACAAGAAAAAAGCCGGAGAUGACUGUACAGAGGAUAUAUACGGUGUGAAAUGGACUGAACCGAGCCUACAGGACCGACAUGGAAACAUAAUACAAUAUAACAUUUCCGCAGGACGUUAUUCAAUGACUAAAACAAUUACAAACACCGGUAACCAUCAAAAUACUAGAAAGCAGUUUGAAGUUUUCUUUGCAAAGACAGGAAGCGGGAGUCAGAAUUUAACCGUGUCGGUCGUAACUGUCACCGAAACAGGACGCACAUCAGACAAAAGGAUUGUCAGUAUACAUAUACCCCCAUGUUCACCUGGGAUAUCAGGUGGUAUGGUCGCUGUGAUCAUACUUGUGGUGAUAUGUAUGGCAGCGAUAAUAAUCUUUACGGCGUUACUCUACAAAUGGAAUCUGCUUCCAUGUCUUAAUAAAACCCGUUCUAUGACGAUCACAGGGAUAUCAACAAGUCCCAGCCGUCACAUCAAACGAGAACGACCGUUUGUUUUGGGAAGCAUUAAGCAGUUGGUUGACCGAAUGAAGAAAGACAGUUUACGAUUGUUCAUGAUGGAAUGGGAUGAUCUUAACUCACUGAGUCCGGAGUAUCCAACCGAAGUAGCCAAAAUGGCGACUAAUGUCCCAAAAAAUCGCUAUAACAACAUACUUCCCUUUGACCGGUCCAGAGUUAAAUUAUGUGGAGGCGGAAAUGAUUAUAUCAAUGCUAAUUAUAUUCCCGGAUUCAAGUUUGAAAGAGAGUAUAUAGCCUGCCAGGGCCCUCUUCCCGGUACCAUUGCGGACUUUUGGCAAAUGGUUUGGGAGCAAGAUGUACCUAUAAUCGUCAUGCUCACUGGAUGCACUGAGGGCAAUACUGUUAAAUGUGAACAGUACUGGCCAGAAGAACUGGAUGAACCUGAAAUCUAUGGAACAGUUGAGGUAACACGGACAGUCUCAGAGCACAACAAUGACUAUGUCUACUCCGAGUUUACAAUUGCAUCUGAAGAGCACGAGAAAUCCAUCAAGCAUUUCCACUUUCUUGAAUGGCCUGAUUUUAGCGCUGAUUUGGACUGCGACGCGUUCCUGAAUUUUUUGUUCAGAGUAAAAAGUGAAAUUCACGAUGACCUUGUAGGACCAAUCGUUGUACAUUGCAGUGCUGGAGUCGGUAGGACAGGAACUUACCUCGCCAUUGACUACCUAACAGAGUUUGUCAAGACCCACAACCUGUCAGAGGAAUUUGAUAUAUUUCAACUUGUACUGAAAAUUAGACAACAUCGAACUAAAAUGGUGCAAGCAAAGGAACAAUACAUUUUCAUUCACGAGUGUCUACGAGAGUUGGUGAAACGCCAGAUGACGGUGGAAAACCUCAGCAAUGACGGACUGCAGAUGCCAAGUGAGGAAGAAUAUAGUGAACAGCUUUUUGGUGCGUCUAACGGGUCGAUUGAUUCGUGUCAUCCUGAGGACAAACUGAUGAUUGAAGAAGACGACAACAAUGACGUAGAAGAUGGCAACUUUGGGGGGUACGAAAACCCAAGCAUGACAACAGAGUUGUGAUGACGUUGAGCCACUUAUUUUUCAUCAACCAACAUGCAUUUUUUCCUGAUGUGACUUGAUAUAUUUGAUAUCGGUGUAUUUUGAAUUAAACAACAUAUACUGCUAAAGGACGACAACUCCUGAAGAAUAAUUUUUUUUAACAGAUUUUAAUAAAUUGAUGUUUAAAAAUGUUUUUCCUGUUUAUCAGGGCAGUAUAAAAUGAAAGUUGACGCAUAAAAUAUGGAUACAAAAUGCAAGCGUUUUAGGUAUCUGAUACCGAGAAGUAAUGUCAUGUACAAAUGAUGCUAUACUCUUAUUAUUUUUAUAGUAAUAUAUUGCAACCUUUAUAGAUUUAUAGACAGUGUUCAGUAGAACUAACUUAUAAAGAUCUUCCAUUUAUGUUCAGAAUGUAAUUGUAUGAAAACAUGAUUCUCGUAAACCACUACAUCGAUUAUACAAUUAUAAUUAUUUAAUUAUUCUGUCACCAUUAUCAAUGUGUUCAUAAGUGAUUCUUUUAUGUAAAAUCAUAUCCGUGUUGAUAAUUAGAUGAACAUUUUAUUUAGUAUUAUGUCCGUGUUUGUAAUGAUCCAGCCUUCAUUAAUGGACCUGUGAUGAGUUUCAUAUGGUGUUAUAUCGACCUUGUAGAAAUAUAUUUGAGUUCAUAAUUAUGAAAUAUAUCGAUCUUCACAUGAUAUAUCUUAUCAAAUGUACAGGGAUUACCUUUAUGUGCGUAUUAUGAAAAAAAUUUUGAUACACAUUUUAAGAUGAUGUACAAGAAAUUAAUUUUCGAAACAGGUGAAGUUAGAUAAUUUAGAAUUGAUUGUUAUGGCAAUAAACUGACAAAAAAAAGAAGAAAUGACAUAUACUAUAUCUAUGCAAACAUGACGUAAACUAUAACUAUAUUAAACAGUUGUCCAAGUAUAUAAAUAAUUGUUGUAUAAAACUAACUAUAAUUUGUCAUCAUAUUCUGUCUUUUUACACGCAAAUUCAUCAAUAAUCCUUGAAUUUAAUGACAGCUCCUCAACUAAGAUUUCCCAAUGAACCCACAGCUAAAAUACAUAGUCGUUGUAAUAGUUAGAAAAAUUGAACAUCAACCCCUGUUUGAUAGAGUUUUAUCAUUUUCUUGAUAUGUCUACACUUUAUAUAAUAUCUAAAGGCGUUAUCCGUUUGCAUGUUCCCUGUAAAUUCCAUAACUGUAUCUAAUAAAAACUACCCUCAGGCAAAGGUUGUUUGCUUCAUGUAGAAUGACAACAUUUUUUAUCAUCUGUUAUAGUACUUUUUGUGUAUAUCUCUAAACACAAUAUAUACAGUCCAAUAUAUAAUAUAUGACAUAUUGUGUGUCUUUUGUUAAAACCUGGAUGCUUUACUUCUAUGUAUACGUCAGAUACUUAUGUGAUUCACAUUUUUUAGACUAUGAAUUUGUCUGUGUUAGGAAUAGCAAAAUGUUUUCUUAUGUAAAAUUCUUCUGUAUAGUGGCUAUGAAUUUCAUAAUAAUUACACAAUUAUAUAGACAUACUUUAUUCAUAUUCUUUGUCAUAUCAUUUCAUCAAUUUGACACAGCAUAGUUUACCGAAAUAAAUACCAAUCAAGCAAAAUGUCCACAAAUGUAAUGUCUGUUAAGUAUGUAUUCAGAGGUAACAGAAUGUAGACUAUAACUAUAUGUAUAUAACAAUAAAUGUAGUAUUAUGUAUCUUCCCAAAAUAUAGAGUUCAGUUAGUUGCUAUUUAUUUAUUAAUAACUAUUAUAUAAGGUAGCUAGUUACCAUUUAAAAAGCACUACAUAGGCACUUGGGCAUCUGAAGGAUACAUGAUAUCGACCUUAGCUUCGCAAACGUGUCAAUGUUAAAAUAUGCAAUUCUUUUAGAUAUAAUACACUUGGGUAGUUUUUGAUAAAAUUGUUGGAAUGAAUAUGAUAGAAUGAUAAUAAAAAAUAAGCAUGUGUUCAGUGGAAGGUUUACUAAAGUCUAUGCAUUUCUGUCGAUAAGUGUUGAUUUUUAUAUAUUCAUUGGAGGAAGCAUGUAGUUUUUACAUUCUACGCGUAUGUUAUCACGACACAGCAUAGCCUUUUUACAUUCCACGACGUAUAUAGUUGCAACACAGCAUGUAGUUUUAACAUUUUACUACACAUGACUCAAAAUCAAUAUGUCAUCAAACACGUCACACAAAAUCAACAUGUCAUCAAACACGUCACACAAAAUCAACAUGUCAUCAAACACGUCACACAAAAUCAACAUGUCAUCAUACACGUCACACAAAAUCAACAUGUCAUCAAACACGUCACACAAAAUCAACAUGUCAUCAUACACGUCACACAAAAUCAACAUGUCAUCAUACACGUCACACAAAACCAGCAUGUCAUCAUUUACGUCACAAAAUCAACAUGUCAUCAUACACGUCACACAAAACCAACAUGUCAUCAUACACGUCACACAAAACCAACAUGUCAUCAUACAAGUCACACAAAACCAACAUGUCAUCAUACACGUCCCAUAAAAUCAACAUGUCAUCAUUUACGUCACAAAAUCAGUCAUGUGUAUACAUUCAAAAUAUAAAUAUAUUUGUGGUGGAUAAAAAAUGACAAAAGAAACUGUAUUAUGUAUGUUCCGAAAACAAAGAAUGCUUUCCAUCUAUUAUAGCUAAUUUCCUUAGCUAAUAAUAUUUUAUGGCAGCUGUUUCAAGAAUGUACCGAAACCAUGCGAUACAUGUUAACAGAUUUUGUCUCUGUGAUUAGUCUAACUCUCUUAACAGGAUAAGUAAUAUGCAGUUUGGUAGUAAAACAACAUGGAACUUAUAUUGAUCUUUGCGCCCAAUUGUUACGUAACAGUGUAUUGUUUGCAUCUUGAACAACUUUAUCGAUAUAUUAUGAUAUUGUAUGAUGAAUUUCGUUUUUCUGUUACCACUAUAAAAAAAUCUAGUCACACAUGUUCAUUUUUUUUAUUGUAAAUACAACAUUCUCAUUUUCAUUCAAUAUUCCUUUUUAUAAACAUAUCGAGUAAACAUCUUAAAGAAACACACAAUUUGUCCCUAGAUUAUUUUGCAUUGUUUUGAAUAAUGUAUUAAUAAUUCAGAACAGGUUAAACGUGUCAUACAAAUAAACCACUGACUGACUUUUCGAAUAAAAAUGGUCCGAAUUUUAUCGUCACAAUGUAAUAGUAAUGGAGAUUAUGAAUGACGUGUCAUGGAAUUCAAAUAAUGACUAGAAACCCACAAUGAUUGUCUAUUACGGUUUGUCCAUUGUUGGUUUAGUAACCAUUGAAAACACUAACGUGAUUAGUGCUCCACAAAACAUUUUGUUUAAAAUGAAUCAUAAACCAUAGAAAUAUACAUAGAAACACUAAUUAUACGUUUUUUUAAAUAAGAAAAAAAUGUUUAGGCUGAAAUUAUUUUUCAACAGCAGUAGUUUGUAAACUAGGACUGAAAAGUAUCUUUCAGCUAUUGUUUGCAGGUAAAGCAAGGGACGUAACUCGCUUUCAAUGACUUAGUGUCUUAAAUACAGAAUGGACUCUUAGCAAUUUAGUCAAUUAAGUCUUUUAUGCUAUGAAAUCGACCAGAAAUGUCUAAUGUUUUCUUUACUUUUAUUUCCGUAAUACUGUUUAAUUUAUAAGAUAUAUGUAUGUUACUAUAUUUAUUUUUUUAAUAAAAACAUAUACUAGUC